UAGUGAGAAGAAGACAGGUAAGAAGAUAGACAGUACCCCCCUCGCCACAUGUCUCAGGCGAAUUAGGCAAUGGUCUCCGACUUUCCUCCUCCUAUAUAUCUUCUUCUAACUUCAUCACAUUUUCUCUCACUAACGUUUUGAUUUGCAUAUAUAGCCACACGCACACAGAGAUUAUUGUAUUGGAAGCUCCUAAGUCUAACUCUAUCUUAGACCAAUGAAAGGUGAUACUGUUGUUGAAGAUGGGUUCAUGUGCGAAGAAGAGACCCAUCUCACUGUUCUCAAGACCUCUCUCUUCUUCGCCGGCGAUGGAUUCACCGUCUACGAUUCCAAAGGUGAGCUCGUCUUCCGAGUUGACUCCUAUGGACCCGAUAAUGAGGUAAUACUCAUGGACGCCUCCGGCCGCUGCCUCCUCACUGUCCGGCGAAAGUGGCCGAGUCUGCAUCAUCGAUGGGAAGGGUUUAUGGGAGAGAAGACGGAAGGUCAGCAACCGAUCUUCAGUGUGCGGAGAUCGUCGAUCGUGGGACGGUCGAGCAUGACGGUGGAGGUGUUCGGAGAAACAGGUGAGGAGUACCAGAUAGAGGGAUCUUUCUGUCAGCGCAGCUGCACCAUCUUCAAUGCGGCGAAGGAAUCAAUGGCUGAGAUCAGACGCAAAGUGGAUGCUUCGGCCCACGUGAUGCUUGGGAAGGACGUCUUCUCUCUCUGCCUCAAACCCGGUUUUGAUAGUGCCUUCGCCAUGGGAUUGGUGCUCGUCCUUGAUCAAAUCUACGGUGGUGGUGAUUGGGCUGAUGUGGACCCCACCAUUAUGGAAUCCGAAGGUAUGGUUGAGGUGGACACCACCAUUGUGGAAUCCGAAGGUAGGGUUGAGGUGGACCCCACCACUGUGGAACCCAAAUCACACAUUGAUUUGAAUGUCGUAUGAUUUUGCAUAUAUAGUAGUUGGGUAAUGUAAUGGGUUUGUACAACGUUGUCUUGAUCCUCAGUACUUUGUUUUUCAAAAGUCUAUAAAGAAAAAAAAGGUGCUAGGUUUGAGCUGGGGUUAGUCAAACGCAUGUCCAAACUUGGUUUGUUCUGGAGUGACGAAGAUCCGUUAGAAAAAUUAAUUACUAACGUGUUUAUGUUUAUGUUUAUGUUUAUGUUUAUGACACUAUGGUGUUAAAACAAGAAUGUUUAUGACAUAAUGUUAAAGAUAUAUCUCAUUUAUAUGUGUAAUGAGCUGAGUUUAAUAAGCAAGCUAAAAAAUCCUUCUCUAA